AAAACAGUCCUGCACACUUUCAAUAUGUCAGGGGCUAAGAAGCUCAGAUAUGUAGCGAAUCCCCUGGAAUCAACCAUUACAACACCGAGCGAAAGAAUCCUGAAAGAAUGCCACAGUUUGUAUAUCGACAACGAAAACGGAUUGGUGAAAAUUGCAGACAGUUUGGGUGUGAGGCUGUUACCUCCACGGAAAAAGAUUAUAGUUAUGAUCAUGGGAAACCACUCUGCUGGGAAAAGCUCCUUUAUUAACUGGUAUGUGGAGGAGCACAUACUAAAAACAGGCGUUGCCAUAGAGACACAAGGCUUCACAUUUGUAACCAGUGGCAGGAAACGAGAAUCACUUACAGGAAAUGCAACGUUACACCUCUAUCCACAUUUCAGACCACUGCUGGAGUUCAAAGGUGUCACGGAUUACCUGAGUGCUGAGAUUUCCACCUCCAAACAGAAGAAAUUCAGUCUGGUGACGUUUGUGGACACUCCAGGGUUGGUGGAUGGAGAUAUGGUGUACCCUUUUGAUGUCAACAAUGCCAUCACCUCUUUUGGUGAGCAGGCAGACUUGAUCUUUGUAUUUUUUGAUCCAAUGGGGCAGGCGUUGUGCAAACGGACGUUGAGCAUUGUUGAGAAGCUAAGUGAGAAGUGUGGAGACAAACUGCGCUUUUAUCUGAGCAAAGCUGACGAGGCUGGACGAGAAACAGACAGACAGCGAGUGAUGAUGCAGAUCGUCCAAGAGUUGUGCAGAAGACCUGGACUCAACAAAUGUGGUUUUGAGAUGCCCACAAUAUACAUUCCCAACCCUCAAAGACUCAGCAGAUGUGUCAACCAGAUUGAUGAAGUGUGUGAGACCAUUGAGAAGAGCAUAAACCAGGCAGUGCAGAAGACACUAGACCAGCUGGACAAAGACUGUGGCCUCAUCAUCUCAACCAUUAGUAAUACACUGGACCAGGACCGGGUGAAUGUGAGCUGUAAUAAAAGCAAUCAUUGUAAUUCCUUCCUGUGUGGACUUCUGGGAGUCUUCCUACCAUUUCUCUUCAUCCUCAGCUUCAUCAUCAGUACUUUUGAUGCAGAGGAACUGGACACUCUCGUGGGGGAGGGGCUCGCUAAAACCCUCUACUUUUCCACAGGAAUAGUUGUGUACCUAUGGGACUGGAUGCCUGAAGACUGGCAGAUAUUAUUUAUGAUCACCUUUGGUGCACUGUGCUACCUUUUGCUCUUUCUGGCCAAAUAUUUUGCAUGCCAGGGCAGUAAGACGCUGACUAAGAGAGAGAAGAAGAAACUGGCCGAGUGCAGUGAUUACAUCCAGGAUGUCAUCAAAACCAAGAAGCGGAAACUUUAUGAGGAGUAUCUUCGACAGUGUGCCACAGAAUGUGACUUCUGAAGGAAACGACCAGUCAGACGUUGAAACACAUUGGUCACAUCAGGACAGUAUGAAAAAAUAAUAUAAAGUACAUAAACAUUUGAAUUGUUGAUAGUUUUGUGUAUGUCUAGGAUAUAUUUAGUGUGUACAUUUGUAACAUGUAUGAUAACAAAUCAGUGUCUUUUUUGUUAAAUGUGAAUAAUUCAGAGUGAACAAAUGAAAGGUGCUAUACAAACAUAACCUCAAUAAUAUCUUACACCAGCUAUUUCCUUUUUUUCUAUGUGGAACAUAUUUAAUAAUCAGAACUAGAAUUGUUUACAGUCAAUAAGCUGCAUUGUUAUAAUGACUCCAUGAAGAUUUGAUUGGGUGAAUCUCACAAACAGUAAACAUCCAAAUCACAGUUCGAUAUUAUAAUGUAAUAUAAUAUAAUCAAUAUUAUAUUUUGCAUAAAGAUUUUUUUUUUUUUUUUAACAAUUACAAUUUUUUUGCAUUGCAACAUAAUUUUUAUGACAAUUAAGCACAUUUCCCCCCAAAUUCUCAUUACUAUAAUGUGUACAGAUGUUUUAAAUUUGCAUGUUUUUUGUAAUUGUUAUUCUCAAUGGUCAUUUUUUUUUAUUACUGUAAUAAUUUUGAUUUUAUUUUUAAAUCAGCAAUAAUUAAAGUCAGUACAACAAAUACUACCAUGAUGUAUGAAUAAAUAAAUUAAAAAAAAUCGAAUUUCUUUUGCAUUACAGAAGUGCAAUUUAGGGUAUAAAAUAUUAUUAUUAUUAUUAUAUAUUUUUUUAAAGUACAGUAUUACAGUAAUAAGAAUUGGAAGAUGUGCAUUUCACAAUGCAAAAAAAAAAAAAAAAAAAAAAAUGCAUAAAAUUGGUGAAAUGGUCCCAAAUAAAGGCCUCAUUUUCUUUAAGUAAAAAAUUAUUAAUAACAAGUUUUGUGAGAUUCACACAAUUAUCCUGAAAUAUCUUUUCUGUGACCUCCUUUUGAUCUACAUUUUAGCACUGUGGGAGAAACCAAAGGUAUACUUGACCACCAAAUUCAACCUCACAUUCUCCACUUUGGAUUUGUUUUCAGUACUUAUAAAGGUGACUUUUCUACUUUUUAUAAAGUAAUGCAUUAAAAUGAGCUUUCCCAAUGGUCACAGAAGAGGCAAUGCAGUUUACAUCAAAACUGUCUGUAGAUCUUCCUUUCAUUCAUUUCUUUUUGUAUUUACUGUUGCAUGUUUGUUUGUGUAUACUGUAUGUAGUUUAUAUGUGAUUUGAAAUUGAUGAUUGUUCAAUGAACUGAAGCGAUGCUGCGUAUAUGAUUUAUUGGUAACACUUUAUAGUGAGGUUGUAUUCAUUAGCAUUAGUUAACUACAUUAGUUAAAAUGAACAAUACUUAUACAGCAUUUAUUAAUCUUGGUUAAUGUUAAUUUCAGCAUAUACUAAUGCAUUUUAGUAAUGUAUAUUUUAACAUCAGUUAAUGCAAUAUGGAUAAACAUGAACUAACAAUAGUUUUUUCAUAAAUUAACAUCAACCAAGAUUAAUAAAUGCUGUAAAAAAAAAUUUCAUUGUUAGUUCAUGAUACCUAAUGCUUUUGCUAAUGUUAUAAAAUAAAACCUUAUUGUAAAGUGUUACUAAAUCUUUUAAAACUUUUAACUUAAAAAUUUAGAAUGAUAUUUUAGGGCAUUUUAUUGAUACUAUGAACUUGCAAUAAGAACAUUUUUGAUGUUUUGACAGUUUUUCUUGUUUUGAAUAUGCAUACGUUAUAUAGAGUCAGUUCUUUUUACCGUCCAUAUACAGUAUAAUGCAGUUGGCCAUUGUCAUACAGGUUGGAAUCAUGCAUUGGUUUUCAUUUUAGCUUAUUUUUGUUUUAUUUUUUUCAGCUGUUUAAUGUACAUUUACAGUAAAUGUAAAUUUGAAGAAACAACAGUAGCACUUCCGUGACUUCAAACAAAGCAUAAGUGCAUUUACCUCUGUUGUGAAGAAAUAAAUGUUCGGAUGUUCAGCUUAAGGCUUUAAAACUUUAAAGUCGACAUGAAAUGAAAAUUCACCCUAUCUAUUUUCUA